UGAGGAUCUCGGCGCGCAGGCUGCUGCGCUGCGAAACAUGGCGGUGUCUGAGGAAGUGUUGACUUGUCUUGAAUAAUUGUGCUGAAAUUCAGCCAAUAUGCUCAGCAAGCGACGUUUUUCAUGCAGAAUCCUCACGGCUUGAUGAUAUCAUGCAGACCCAGGAGCAAGAGAAGCUGUCCAGCAGCACCCUGAAGCGGAAUCCAAAGAUGGAUUUGAGCAGCACGGACUUGCUGAAGCUCCUCAGCCACCUGGAAGGGGAGCUGCAGGCCAGGGACGUAGCAAUAGCGGUCUUGAAGUCGGAAAAGGUGAAGCAAAUGCUGGUGCAGAACCGCUACCGAACCGCACCGGCGCAGUCGGAGCCGAUGGACGCCCUGCAGAGGGACAGCACGCAGGUCAAGGACUCAAGGGUAGACGAAACGCAGAUCCGCGGGCUGGCCGACCGGCAGGUCGCCUCCAUCGAGAACCUCAUCCGGCAGAACCGCAAGAUGCAGCUGCACAUGACCAGCAUCCUCAAGGACGCUGAAGUCAGGCACCAAAAGGUGGUGCAGGAGUUGGAAGAGGAAAAGUGUAAGCAUGAGCACGACACUGCACAAGGGGAUGAUAUCACUUACGGCCUGGAAAAGGACAGAACUCGAUUGAAGCAGGUAACCUGCAUGCCGUGCAGUUUCGGGGAACUCGAUGUGGAGCGACUGGCAAAGAAAAAGUUGGAGAAGGAGUUGAAAAAGGCGAUGGACCAGGCGGAGGAGGAGAGGGAGAAGCAGAAGCAAAUCGUUUUGAUUUUGCUGGAGGACAGGAAAAAGGCUAUCAUGAAAUACAUCGAGGAGAGAAAGAGAUCAGAAGACUUGGCUCAGAUUCUAAGCGAAGAGAAGGGAAGGGUCGACUCGAUGGCCGAGGGGCUGGAGGAGGAGAGCAAAAAGGCUCUUCAAAUGGAGGCUGAACUCGAAAAGCACCUCGCCGAAUUCGACACGGAGCGGCAGCAGCUCAGGGCGGCCCUUGCCAAGGAGGAGAAGCGAGCUCGAGAGGCUGAGGUAGAAUUGGAAGCCUUGAAGCGGAAAAUGAUGGACGGAGCCACAGGCCCAUCGGCCACCAUGCGGCCCAGAUCUGCGGUCGCGCCGCAACUCGUUCCCAAACCUGCCAAUUUAACUGCUGCUGGCAUGACCAGCAGUGUUGUUUCUAAAGUUGUUCAGCCGACAGCCACAGUUUCCAGUGUUCCUGUUUGCGCACCAACUACAGGGAUUGCUAGAUCUGUCUCUCCUGGUCAAACUCUGCGACCAACUCCAGCUGAAGCCACUCAAUCUAACCAGACCAUGCCAACUAGUCCAAAGUUAUCUCCUGUGAGCAACUUGAUGCCGGUGGCGCCAAACAGUGGGGCCGCGCCCGCCGUUAGUCCCGUAGCCAAAAAGCUGGCUCCCGUGGUUCGCGGGACGCCGCCACCGGUGCCGCCGAACAAACCCGUCGUUCCACCCAAAAAGCCAACCGAUUUAGAUGCUAAGCCGAGCAAGAUUCUGUCUUGACUUGAUCCCGGAAGAACUCAGCAGCUGCGCAAUGUGACUGAACUUAACACGUAACUUACUACAAUUUGCGAAUUGAUUCCAAGAAUGGGACCCAAUCCCCCCGUUGACGUUACUUCCAUCUUGCGAGACUUGAUUCAAUCCAUUUAUUCCCUCACUUGAAUUAAGAUUGAAUUAUUUUAUGCUUUACCAGUUUACUGAUUGAGUUUUUGAACAACUUUGGUCUGCUGUCGAAGUUAUUGACUUGCAUUUUGUACAGAAAGGUCUCUCCAAACAAUUCACCGUUUGUGAUAAUGCAUUUUUAAAUUAUUUUUUCCUUAACGUAUGAACACAUAUCCAAUAUUUUGAUGAUUUUUAGUGCUGGAACAGUGCUAAGCCACGAAUCAUUACCUGCUAAUCGCUGAUCGCGCGUUUUAAGUUAAAUUUAAUUAUUGUGUUUCGAACAGCUAUAAAUAAUUUCGAGGCGCAAAAGGAUGAAUAGUCAUUGUUUACGCGACAAACCUCUCUUGCCCUUCACCAAUAGGUUUCUGCAAACAAAAUAUUUAUUGCGUAGGUGAUUUUCUUAUGUGUAUAGUAAAUAUAAAUAUAUAGCUUGCUUUACCUUUCAGCUGUAUAAAUUUAUCAAUUUAAUUAUCUAAUGUGCAUCACAACCACGUUACAAUUAUGAUUAGAAUCGAGUAUUUUAAUGUGUAUGUAAUCCAGACGCUACAUGUCAAAUGUGAACGAGAAACACAAACUCUUUGUUCCCAUUAGUCAACUGAGAUUAAUGUUUAGUCUGCUUUUUUCUAAGUUCAACUACCCUCUCUGGGCAAGCAGACAUGGCAGCACGCCGCGAUGAAAUUUUCUUUUACAAAGAGCAUUUGCUUGCGUCUCAAUUGUUGAGAAGAAAAAAAACAAAAAACGAGUACCGAGGACUUCCAUGAUUCCAUAGUAUGCGUGUUCUCAAAGUUCAAAACAGUCAUUCAAGUUUCCAGCCAUUGUAAAACUUAUGCUACUUUGGAAACCACUUGAGAACUGUACACGUAAAUGAUUAUUAUAUUUGUGAAUCCAGUUUUUUUUAAACGUACUUCAACAUGUGUUCAAUUCCAUCCCCCUUCAAUAAAGAGCAAAUUGCAACAUUUGUAAAAAAGA